UACAUCUUUUCCUACAUAUUGGUAUUCGAAAACUUUAGUAAAGAAUGCUCACGGACAACGACACCUGAAGAAAACAGUUUGUGCGCAUGCAGGAUUAGCGUAUAGUACAUCAGAGUGAACAUCAAUAAAGUAAAAAAUAUAUUGUGGCCGUGUCCGUGCCGGCCGCGCCUUGCAUUUAUGCUUUUUAAUUUUAUUUGAGCCAUAGAUAUACAGACAUUUGAGCUAUACCUACUGCCAUUUUGAAACGGUUAUAUUGUGUAUAUCGGUUCAUAUUUAAGUCAAGAAAUGGCCAGUAGAUGAGAAACUGUAAUACAUUGGACUUACUAUAUCGCAAUCAUGGAUGCCAGGGAAGCAAAUUUUCCACAUGAUCCACACUUGGAUGCUCGAGCUAAGAAAGCGACGGAGCGUGCCUCCGAAAACAUGCACAUUCUGGUGAACGACCCGUCUCUGGCGCUGUACCGGAUGCAGGAGCACAUCCGCAAGUCGCUGCCGCCGACCGUGGAGCGGCGUGCCGAGGUGGUGCAGCUGCACCAGCAGCUCCAGGGACACUGCUACGACGCCGAGUACGCCAUCAAUGCUGUGAAGGCGAUGCAGAAGGCAGAGCCGAUUUUCUCGAACAUCCAAGAACUCCUGAGGAACUCUCUGUUCUUCCGACAGCAGCUUCUGUAUGAAGAGAAGCGGAAAAGUGAGAAGCGCGAGACCAGCAUGUACAAGCGGCUGUCAUCGCACAUCUCGCUGGACCUGACCGACCUGCCCGACCUCGGAGACGCCUGGCGCGAGACGGCCUCCCGCGUGGAGUCGGCGUUUGCGCAUGCGCGCAGCUCCAUGGUGGACCGUGAGGAGAAGGCCGAACACCGCCGGAGCGCGGCUAACUGAGCGGCUGUGAAGCGAGAUCUGCGGGCUGCGGCUACCUCCAUUCGGAAGAUAAGGGAAGGUGGUAGUCGGUGCUCGAAAGUGUACAUAUGGUUUCGCGGUUACACGUGUCUUUAUCAUCGAGAUUCGUGAACUGCUGUCGUUACAGUAAAUGCAAUGCGGUAUGCGGAUCGGUUUAGGCUGGUGAAGUAAUUUCUGUUGUUUUGUAGAUAAUUUAAAAAAGAUUUUAUUUUAGUUAGUUUUUAUCAAGUGUGUGCCUUCAUAGAGACACGAUAUAUCGCCGGCGGCAACCUUUUUGUGUUAGCUGGAGACCGCAUAGCAUUUUAGUCACCACGCCAUGUUACAGUCGGUCGAUGGGCAACAUAUCCUUUAUAUCAUUUAUCAUUACCCGUCUCCUUUCAUCGCACCAAAGAAAAGUAACGCAGUAUCAAACUGUAAUUGUGUCAGAUGCUUGUGACUUUUCAAUCGCAUUGUCAUUGUUCUGCGACGGAAUGAAGUAGAUGAGCUGUGUUGCGUCGUGUUCACCAAAAUGCACAUCAGUGUGCAAAUGUUGGAUGUGUAAAAUAAUGCAGCAAAUAAAUCCGAUGUCCAAUUA